AAGCGCUAGGACGCCUGGGUUCUCCGGACGGGCGAAGGCCCGGACCGGCUCCAGGCUCGAGUUUCCCGGAGCGACUGGGGCUGGAAAGGGGUCUUUAAGCUCUCUGAUUCUGCUUUUCCUUGCAGAGCGGCGCUGUCCGUCCGCCCCUUCGGGAGAGAUGUCUGUCUCCUUGGACCUGAAGUCGAAGGAGGACAAAGACGCGGAGCUGGACAAGCGGAUCGAGGCCCUGCGGCGCAAGAAUCAGGCCCUCAUCAAGCGCUACCAGGAGAUUGAAGAGGACCGCAGGAAGGCUGAGCAAGAGGGCAUUGCUGUGACGGGCAUUCGUCGGCCCCGCUCUGUGGAAGGGGAGGGACCAGAGAGGCGGCGGGGGGAACUGGACUCCCCCACCUUGACUGUGCAGGUCUUGCUGUCCCCAGAGGAAAAGCGUGUGGUCAGCAGCGAGAGGAAGCCGCCCACCCGUGUCAAGGCCUUCCGCAGCAGUCCAAACGCCCAGAGUUCUGUCCGUGGAGGCCCCUAUCCAGGCAGCCGCUCCCCCCCAAAAGCAGAUGCCCCCCCAGGGCAGCCAAGUUGGGAAGGGGCUGGCCGAGAGGGCCAGGGGGAUGACAAGCGGGCAGGGUGCGGGGGACGCGGCCGGAGGCUUCGGGGGCGAGCGGGGCGAGCGGGGCCUGCUGGAGAUGCGGCGGGGCCUGACAGGAGAUCCCAGGAGUGGGAGGAACGUCGCCGGCAGAACAUUGAGAGGAUGAAUGAGGAGAUGGAGAAGAUUGCAGACUACGAGCGCAGCCAGCGCCAGGAUGGACUCCAGGAGAAGAACCCCGUUCGGAACUUUUUGGAUGACCCCCGGCGCAGCGGGCCCUUUGCUGAGACUGACAGACGGGAGGGCAGUCGGCGCCACAUGCGGAACUGGGGCGGGGCAGACUUUGACAAAGUGAAGACUGGCAUGGAGCAGGGCAAGGAGUGGCUUCCCCCGGUACGGGGAGUGAAUGGUCGUGGCAGUGCCCGGCGCCGGGGGACAGCGGCCUUGGACAUGACGCUCUCCAUGACAGGUCGGGAACGGGCGGAAUACAUCCGCUGGAAGCGGGAGCGGGAGCAGAUUGACCGGGAGCGGCUGGCGCGGCACCGACAGCCCACGGGGGAGUGGCGCAGGGAGUGGGACGCCGAGAAGACGGAUGCUGCGUUUAAAGAGGGGGCAAAACUCAGUGAUCCAGCAGUUAGCAGGCAGGAGUCCAAGCGGCCCCCCAAGCCCCCCACCUUUGGGCAAUUCUUGUCUGAGCAGCAACCAGAGCGGCAGCGCAGGAAGAACAGGGGCCAAGGAGGCCGGCGAGGUGGCCCCUCCAAGCCCUACAGCAUGCAUGACAAUCGCUGGGAGGAGCCAGAUCCAGCCCCAGCCCCAAACAAGGUGGCCGAUGCGGUUGCACAGCAGGAAGAGCCACCUGCCUCCCCCCCCACAGGACCUGGGGAGGGGGGGGAAGAGGAGGAGGAAGAUCAGUGGGAGGAUGUCAGUGAGGAGGAGGAGGAAGCUGAAGGCUGUGGCAGCCGGGGCUACUCCACUGAGGAGGCGGAGGAAGAGCCUGACACUGCCCAGCCGCCUAGCCACAAUCGGCAUCUCUCCCUGGCCGUGCCUCCCCCCCAGGCAGAGACUGCAGACACGGAGGGGACGCCCCUGACCCCCUUCUCACCAGCAGAGGGGUACCACCCUGUUUCUGACUGGGGAGAGGAGAUGGAUCUGAGCUCAUCCCGGGCUGACGCCCCCAAGGGCCCCUUGGCUGUCCCUGGAGAGGAGCCUUCUGCAAGUGCCGGGAUGGAGCCCCCAAACCUCCUGGCUGAGCAGGGCGCCUUGCUGGCCUCCUCGGUGUCCCCUCCUGGCCCCAGAGCACCCCAGGCUGAGACGAGUGAGGACCUGGAAGCCCCCACGGCUGAAGCGGGGGCUGCGCAGGAGCCUGGAGAGCAAGGUGCUGUAACGGAGCCGGUCCCAGGCCAUGCACCCAGCACCGUGGAGAUCACCAGCUUCCAGCAGGAGCAGACGGAGGCCUGAGGCGGAUGUCCCAGCAGCGCAAGAGGAGCUGGAGCCAGAACACCAUUCUCCGGGUGUGGCUGGGUGGAAGAGCACUCCUCUGUUCUGCCUGCUUGGGCGGUUCUCUCACACAGCCUCCAUCACCCCCUCCCCAGCUCACCCUACACUGACUUGCCUUUUAGGGUUGUUCACUCAAUUCCUGGGCAGAUGAGAAAGUUGGCCCCUGCAUGUGAGGCUGCUGUCCCUACUGCUGCCACAUGGGGCAUGUUUUUUAUUUGGGAGGGGGCUUUGCUUGCUGGCCCUGCCUUUCCUCCUCCCCCAUCCAUCUGCUUCUAUGCUUCCUUGUCAGGCCAUUUCCAAGCGCAGAGGCACAGGGGCCCAGUCUGGCAGGGGGGGUUGACAGCAGCUCCUUGCGUGGAAAAGGCUGCAGCCCCUCCCACGUCUCCCUUGGCUGCUGCCUGCUCUUGUGUAAGGGCUGUUUGUGGGGGUGCUCCAUAUCAUGUACCAAUGAAAAGGGUUCCCUGCAAUAAAGCAUUUGAAGAGUC